AAUCGCGUCUGUCAAAAGUUUCCGAUUUUCCGCACGACGGCGAGAGAACCAUCAUCGGAUUGCGGUCAUCGCCAUAGGAACUUCCCGAGUGUUUUUCAUUUUUCGGUGCACCUAGAGUUCACAUCCCCAAAAGCCCACAGACACAAAAUGGACAAGGAAACGAUUGUUCUGCAGCGCAAGUUGGAAUCCGAGCUGAAGAACUACAAAGAUGCCCAAAAAGAAUUUAACAAGCUAGUUCAGCAACAGCAGCUUCUGGAUGGCCAGUAUAAUGAAAACAAGAACGUUUUGGAGGAACUGCAGCUGCUGAAACCAACCAACACGGUGUACAAAUUGUAUGGACCGGUUCUGGUUAAGCAAGAGCUGGAAGAAAGCAAGCAGAAUGUGGCCAAGCGUAUUGAGUAUAUCAAUAAGGAGCUGAAAAAGUGUACGGAAAACAUUGCCAGCCUUGAGCAGAAGCAGGACAAGUACAGGGCCAAUCUGCAAAAGCUUCAGCGCCAGUACCAAAGCCAGAUUGCGCUGACGAAGCCCUAGGGAACCGGAUAUCGUGGCCUUUGCAUUUCUAAGUCCAUCUACUAGAGCGCUUCGCACCGUCAUCGUUUUACGCAUAGCAACCUUCUUAAUAUACUACCAGUUAAGUUAAAUACAAUAACUCACAUGUCACACUAAGGAAAGCUAAUACAUACAGCCGUUUAUCAUUUCGGAACAAA